AUGUCGUUAAUUGGCAAGAGGAAAACUGAAGACGUGACUCUCAAUGGCUUCUACGCCGACGACAGACCCACUUUGAAGCGUCGAGGGACUACGGCGUCGCAACCCCACAUUGAGAGCCAGAACAACUUCUCCAACCACAACAACACUUUGAAAUAUGAAGAAGAACAAAACUCUCACGACCGAAAUGACUCCGCAAUGUCAAACCACAACGAAGAGCUCACCCAACCAUUCACCCAACAACUUCCAACCCCACCUCUCCAUCAGGACGAAUUCAUGAACGGAGCCGAUGAAUACCCAUUACCCGGACAACAACAUCAUCACCAAUACUUCGGGCAACAACACCAACAACAAAGACUCCAAGCUCUCUACACAAGCCUCACAGCCUUCAUCGCCAGCCAAAAUUUAUCCUCCCUAGAACCGCACCUACCGACAUCAACACAGCCCCAAACAUUCAUCGUCCAAGCCCGACAUCUGAUUCAAAAUCUCAACUCCCACCUCACUUCUCUCCAAAAUAUAGCAAUCUCCCAACUCAAACUCCGAACUCAAAUGUCAUCCCUCGGAGUUACUCAGAGUGUAAUUUCGAAUUUAGAUUCCGCACUCCAGGGUUUGGAUACUCAGAUGAUGGAAUUCAUGGUUGGGUUACAGGGCAUAGAAAUGGAAGUGGACGCGAUUGAAGCAGAGCUGUCAUCUGCAUCACAACAUCAAAAUCAUGUCACAGAAGUGGCCAUGUUAUGA